CACAUCUUAUUCUUUGCUCAGUAUCGAAUUUCCUCGUCGGCUCGUUCUUCUUAGUCUCUACCUAAUCUUUUGAUAUGAUAAAAAUAGACCGCCUGCAUCCUCAUAGGCUCAUUUCGGCUGCUGCCUGAGCCUCAAUUUUUAAGCUUAUCGGCAGACGUCGCCGGGUGCGAUAGUUCACCGUCGUUGGCCCAGGACCCUUCCCCCCAUGCGCACCCUUCCAUACAUCCCCAGGAGAAGAUACUGCAUAGACGACCUGCCUAUUCUGGAUGAUGUAAACUUGCGUCGGAAACAUGACAGUCAUGCCGCGUAGGACGCACCGAAAAUCGCGCAAUGGCUGUCUCGAAUGUAAAAGACGUCAUAUCAAAUGCGACGAGAAACACCCGCUCUGCGGCAACUGCCGCAGCUCGGAACGUGUCUGCGAAUACGCGGAUCGGUUCAGGAGCGGCACGACCAGAUCCGAACGAAGCGAUGCCUCGACUCCGACCAAUGCCGGGCCAAGUCCCGGUGUUGGUCCCUCGACACCACCACGGCCUCCUCGUGGUGAGCAGCCUGCAGCAGGGCCGGCGACAACAACAACAUGCUCCGAGGAUCAGCCCGUCAACAUGGUCCACGCCGAACUGCUCUUCAACCUCGUCACGGAGACGAUUCCCUCCCUCGGCGACAUCGCGCUCUUCGGGGGCCUGUCCCCGGACCUCAUGCGCGUCGGGAUAUCGACCCCUUACCUGAUCAAUGAAUUGCUGGCCCUCAGCGCUCUGCACUCGAGCAUAGUCCGUCCCGCUGAGCGCGAGCGGUACCGCCGCCACGCCGCGCAGCUCCAGACGCACGCGCUGGAGAUCUUGGGUCGGGAGGGCCGGGACGUCACGCAGGAGACCUGCGUCCCGUUGUUCAUCUUCUCGUCGACGCUUGGUUUGCAUAUGCUCUGCGACACUGUGAUCUACCGGGAGGAGUCCAGCUUCGAUGCUUUCCUCAACCAGUUCGUGCACUAUCUCAAACUGCACCGCGGCGUGCGGGCCAUCACCUCCGAGGCGUGGGAGGCGUUGCGCGGGUCGAUAUUGCAGCCCGUGCUCCAGUACGGGCAGGAGAAGUUCGCGUGGAAUGCGGACCUGGGGCCCGAGUGCCAGCGGAUCAUGGAUCUGAUCGAGGCGGCGCGACUGGGCGAGAAGACGACCGCGGUCUAUCGGCAGGCGAUUCGUGCAUUGCAGGUCUCGAUACAUGCGACGGGGGUGACGGACGCUGAUUCGAGGGUCAAGUUCGUCGGUGGGAUCACUGGGUGGCCCGUCAUCGUGGAGGUGGAGUACAUCGAGACGUUGGAGCUGCGCCGCCCUGAGGCACUGGUGAUUCUGGCGUGCUUCGGUGUGAUUUUGCAUCAGGCGCGGCAUGUAUGGGCGUUUGGCGAUGGGGGUCGAUUCUUGAUCGAGACUAUCCAGACGCAUCUAGGUUCCAAGUGGGAAACAUGGCUAGAGUGGCCUACUAGGAUACUAAGGGAGUCUCAGGGGUGAAAAGUACGAUUUUUGCUUUGUAUAUAUGUCUAGCUGUGGUGCCAGUUUUGUUGCAUAUAGAUAUACCCUUCAGUUGAAAAAGGAC